UCGGCAGCUGAUCUGGAUUCCUCGCCGGCUUGCUCUGCUCCGCUUCUUCCUCAGGCGACGCGCCGCCGCCAUCCGCCGUCACAGACUGAUUCUGCGAUCCCCUUUAGGUUCGUACGCCGGCCGAGCUUGCGGCGCGAGGCAAUGGUGCUCGGCCCCGUCCGCGGGGAAGCCCCGGUUCGCCGUCGACGGGCGCACGGGGGAGGGCUUGCCGCGCGAGACAAUGGUGUCCGCCGCCGGCGGGCGCGCGGGGAGGCUUGGCUCCGAGAAGACGAGGCACGGGUGGAACGGAGUUGGGAGCAAUUUCCGGGGCGCGGAGCCAGGAGAGAAAUCGCCACCACCACUGAUUUCGUCGGAUAGCUCCAAUGUCAGGCUCCGCUUACCCAAUAGGAACGGACACAAGCGAGCUAGGAGUACGAUGGGUAUCCAAGACAUCCGCGAUGCUGUGUCAUCCAUGUUCAUCAUGCUGAACAAGGAGACAUACGUCCUGUUUCGGAUUGAGUUUCUUGUGGUCCUCGUCACACUCUUGUUCCUUGUGAUGUUCAUCAUAGAUGUCUUUCGUCGCUACAUCCACAACACAAUCAUGAAAACAAUCUUUAGCAUCUUGGAUGCCGUCUCUGACUCUAUUGUCUUGUACGUGUUGGGGGCCAUGCAAACAGCAAAGUUCAAGAAUCAACUGUUUCCGGUUUGGGCCCUUGUCCUUGUUAGUUUCCGUUACAAUGUCGACUUCAUCUCUGGCUAUGGUGUUGAUGACCGCCAUGGGCGACGGUUCAUGGAGUGGAGGAACGUGGUGAAGCUUCUGGGAUCGGCCUUCUUAAACUUGUCACGUGGCUCCAGGUUUGCGCGUCCACUCUGGUCGCUUUUGGCUCUGCAGAUACUGAGGAGCUGGUACAGAUUCCAAGCGCAUUCUCUGGCGCUCAAUUCUGUCUGGCAUGGCAAGAGUUCAGAGGUCGUUAAAGAGCACAUGCGUGCCGGCCCUCACACUAGCAACUGGAAACCAGAGGACUGCAACCCAGAGAAUAUGGAAGGAUACAAAUACUUGGUCCAUGGAGAAACCGAACGGAGCAUCAACUUCAAGAAGCCACGGUAUGUCAUGUAUAUUGAUACUGCCCAGAAUGUCCAGCAAGCUAAGCGUCGUUCUGCUUCGAAUCAAGAGAGAUCAUCACUGGUCACCCUAGACAAGAUCUGGGGAUGUUGCAGGCACCUGUUAGAACCGGGCAACAAGCAGGGGAAUGACCCAAAGGAUCUCUCUCUGGCCUUCGCCUUGUCCAGAUUGCUCCGGUGCAGGCUCGAGGAUGUGACACUGGAACAAGAAAUCUUCCGGAUCAAUCGAAAGCUAGUUAAGACUAAGAUCCUUGAGGAGCAGAACACUGACCGUGCCUUCAGGGUCAUGGAGCUGCAACUCUCCUUCGUAAACGACUACUUCAACUCCCGCUACCCUAUGGUCUUCUGGAGUGGGUUCUUUUCUCUAUUCUCAAAUCUGCUUCUCUCCACGGUGACCUUUGGUGUUGUCUGCUGGCUUGCCGUGGACAUCCGUAAGGUCUAUACGCCCCCAGAGAAUGAUCGGGCUCAUGUGGUGCAUGGGAUCAAUAUUGACAUGAUGAUCACAUGGGUAUUCAUGUUUUUUAUGUUGUUCAAAGAGAUCUGGGAGAUGGUCAGCUACUUAGUCUCAAACUGGACUAGAUUACUCCUUGUUUGCAGCUAUGCUCAGUGGAAGGAAGAGCGCACUAGAAACAGAUGUAUGGAGGGCAUAAUAUCAUCCUUUUUCAAAUCUAAGAUAACUAGUAAGCAGUGGCAUGGACAUAUUGACCAGUAUGUCUUCUUAGAGUCAUAUGAUGCAAGAUUUUGGAAUUUUCUCCACCACAUAACUACAGGAAUGGUGCCAAAGAAGGACGAUGGAGCAACACUCAGCAACGCCAUCGAUGUGCCGGAAUGUAUCAAGGCAGCAAUACUGAAGAGGCUAUGUGCAAGCCUAAAGAAGCUCAACUCUCCUGGCAUUGUACAAGAUGAGUCGGAUAAUCCUAAUAGAGAAGAUGAGGAGCUCAUCAUUAGAAGUGGUUGUUCUCUGCCCAAGGCCAUCACAUCACUGUCUGAUGCAGACUGUGACCGAAAGAAACGGUACGGUUGGGCCUGCUACGACCUGCCCACAUGCUCACAUGUAAUCCUGGUGUGGCACAUAGCAACAAGCCUCUGCGAGAUGAAGCUUGCUCGGGCACAUGGCGUCGAUUUAAGCAAACAUGGGUUCCUGGUCUCCCUCUUGUCGUACAUGACAAGUUGCUGCUCAUCAAAACCAUAUCUUGUGGAUGUGGACGAGAAGACGAAAGAAAAGAAGAAAGUGAAUGAGAAGUUGCCUGAUAAGAUCCAGGAAAUGUAUAUCACUGCCAAUAGCUUGUCUCGGUACUGUGCAUAUCUGCUAGUUUCAAAGCCCGACCUGAUCCCUGAUAGCUUUUAUGUUCCCAAAAUGGUCUUCCAAGAAACCGUAACACAAGCUCGUGAUGGUAUUCUUAAGGACUGUGACUCAUUACAGAAGAGGUAUGAAAAACUGUUGCAAGUCGGAGUCGAGGCCAUCCAAGAUGCUAACAACGUCAUGAAGGAUGAUGUCGUACGACAAGGUGCAAAGCUGGGAAAGUUACUGAUUGAUCAAGAGAGUGAAGAAGGCUGCUGGGAGAUCCUGUCUGGGGUAUGGGCAGAGUUACUAGUGCACAUUGCCCCCACUUGGAACGCAGAGGCGCACAAGGAGUGCCUCGAGUCAGGAGGGGAAUUCAUAACCUAUAUCUGGGCAUUGCUAUGGCAUUGUGGAAUCGAGAAGAGCAAAUUAUGGCCUGAGGAAGAUUUGCAUGAAAAUGGUGCCCCUGGAACACCACCUCAGGAUAACAGUGUUCAAACUAAUAGCACUCAGCAUGCACAGCAGACUUGUGCAGCAGGACCAAAGAAAGAAAGAGAGGAAGCUGUCAUACAGAGAUCAGAGAUGCAGCAAGUUGAUGCAGAGGAGAGGAAUGGGUGGACCGAAACGCCAAGCGCAGAUACGGCUGAUCAUCAGAAUGGGCAAGGUGGCAGUAUGGGGGUCAGAGGGAUGCAGAAUGGCGGGAACACAUGUUACUUCAAUGCAGUGCUGCAGAGUCUCCUUGCACUUGAUAAGCUGCGUGCAAGGAUGUUAGGACCCGAUGCUCUGAAAGGGAACCUUGGUCAUGAACUACAGAAGCUCUUCAUAACGACAACAAAUACCAAUGGCACAAGAGGUGUGCUGAAUCCAGAGAAGCUCUUCUUACAUAUGUGCUUAAUGAAUUCAGAUUUCAGACCUGGCGUGAUGGAAGACAGCAACAACAUGCUUGUUUCCUUGCUAGAUGGUUUGAACAAUGAGGAACCUACAAUAGUUGAGUCACUCUUCCAUUGCCAGGCUGAUAAACAUGUCUCCAGUAAAGAAUGUGAGCACACAUCAGUUACCACUGAGGACCUUAAUCUCAGUUUGGCAAUACCAACAAAGAAGCCUGCAUCAGUCGAUGACUGUUUGGAUUUAUAUGCCGCUGGAGUGAUCGUGGACUGGCACUGCAUGGACUGUUCAGCUGCUUCUGCUGCUAGAAACACCUCUUUGAACCAAGAAGAUACAACAGUCAACAAUGGACAACCUGAACAGCCGGACAACAUAACAUACGGAAAGGAGGAGUGUAGCCAUCUAGCUAACAGUGAUAGACAAGCAAGAGCAACAGAUGAGAACAACGGAAAACUACAGGUGCAUGAUGACUAUGCAAAUCAAAUGGAACAGUGCCAUAAAAACCAGAAAGAAGAAGACAAGAUAUACAGAGAUGCAACAGUGCAGUAUCGCAUUAGCAAGGCUGCACCUUUACUAACCAUUCAACUGAAGAGAUUCGACUAUUCCCACGCAGAUAGGCCAGACAAGUUGGAAGACCGCGUGAGCUUUCAGGAUACGCUUGAUAUAAUAAAGUUCAUGGACCCUAGACAUGUGGAGGAUGACGAGUACAAGUAUCGUCUGGUUGCUGUCAUUGUACACAGUGGGCCAAGGUUGUGUGACGGACACUUUUUUGCUUAUGUGAGAGCAAGCCAGAUUGGAUGCCAGCAGCAGGAGAGCCGUGGCACUCCCACGUGGUUUCGUGCAAGUGACGAGAGCAUCACAGAGGUAUUGCUCGAGGAGGUACUGGAGUGUCAGGCCUACAUUCUUUUCUACGAAAGAGUCGAACAACCAAAGGCCAAUGAAGUUCUAGAAGAGUAUCCGCCAACCGGCCACUGAUGAGGAGAAAGAAGGAUGAAAGGGGAAACAUUUGUGAUUUGUGUCUUGUUUGUUUUUGCUUAUACAUUGUGACUUAAUUUGUGGAUUGGAGUAAUUCCAUUGUUGGGGGGCUUGGAGUUUGGACUAAAAUCUCCAAUACUACUGCUUUUACUUUGAAUUUCGCAAUUCAAUUUGGAUGUAAAGAAAUAACUUCAUCGAUUUGCAAACUGUGUUCAUAUUUACUUUUUUCA